AUGACGGAAGAGAUGAAACCAUCGGAGUCUCCUCGGGCAUUGUUGUCGUUUUGGUCGUUACCAAACGACGUCGCUCUCAAUAUCUUAGCCCGAAUCUCGAGAAUCCAUCAUCCAUCUCUGUCUCUCGUCUCCAAGCGUUUCAAAUCAAUCCUCUCUUCGCGUGAGCUAGACGUAACACGAACCCUAAUGGACAAAACAGAGAAGCAAAUCUACCUCUAUUUAAAAUUUCGUCGGCAUACUAAACCUUGCUGGUUCGCACUCACCCCAGGUCCCGACCAGAAACUGAAACAACUCCCUUCGUUUCCUUACGAACAUCAUCCAGAUUCCCCGACCGUGGUGUCAAGUGGUUCAGAGAUUUACCUCAUCGGCGGAUUAGUAAAUCAUAGAAGAAGCAGAAGAGUGUUUGUCCUCGAUUGUCGUUGUCAAAAAUGGCGUAAACUCCCUGAAAUGCGAGUGCCUCGAGGAAGUUACGCAGCCGCCGGUUUCAUUGACGGGAAACUUUACGUGUUGGGAGGUCGUGAGAGCUCGGGAGAGGUUUAUGAUCCGAAGAGUGGAACUUGGGAGCCAUAUAUGAUGAAUAUCCAAAAGGAUGUCAUGCUUGGAAACUUUGGAUACUUUGUAACCAACACUUGCUUCAUAGCUGAAGAGAAGAUAUUGUGUAGAGUAGUUAAUCACCUAGGGAGUAGUUUUUUGACUUGGUGUGAUCUUGGGGACAAGAUGGGGUGGAGACAAAUUAAGGGACUUGAAGGACUGUUUCCGGUGCCACCGGAUUUUGUAUCUGUGGCAAGUCCGGAAGGAGGAAGAAGACUGACAGUUUGGUGGGUUUCUUACCAAAAGGAAGAUGAUCUUGUUCUUGUUAGUGAGAUUGAGAUUUGGUGUGCUGAGAUUUCGUUUCAGUUACGAAGCAGAGAAGAGGUUUAUGGGGUCGUGGAAUGGUCCAAGGUUUUACAUGCUAUGAACCGCAGUGAAACUGGUGGAGUCAUUUCACUUUUGUCUUCUGCUAUUGUGAAUCUGUGA